AUGGUAUUACCCGACCCAGAUAACCCGAUCUCCACUCCUGAAGGUCGUCGAGACAAGUGGCAUCAUUGGGUAUCAUCCCCCCGUAAAGGCGGUGUUCGAACAUUAGUCAAGCGUAUGAAAUCUAGGCUGUCGCCUGACUCUACCAAGACCGGUGAGCCUAGGAAUGGUGCCCAGGCCCAAAAUACCCCCAUAAGAAAUGUACCUGUGCGUGAUUCGAGGGCGGCUGAAACGCUACUGGAUGGUCAUGGUCUUGGAAACAUCAUCUCUACCCCCGGUGUUUCCACUGCCAGUUCAAGUGAAGAUAACGGCGGGAACGAGGAAUUUUCACCUCCAAAGAGGGUUUGUUCGACAGCCCCUAGCGAAGAGCGACCUACUGGACAGGUCGAAGUAGAACAGCUCAAGGGAUGCCCCGAUCUUAGCGAACAGGCUAGAGGAGGCAAUACACAAGCUGAAAAGCAAGAAAAGGAUGAUCAACAAGAAUGUGAAGUCAACCAGGAACACGAAGAUCCAGCAGAGAUAGAGGUAGAGGUGGAUGUGGAUGCGGACGUCAGCGUGGAGGUAGAGGUUGACAUUAGUGCAGAGGCGGACGAGGACAUGGAGGACACUGGAGAGGAACAGGACGAUGAUGCGGACGAUGAAGCAGACGACAACGAAGAUGAAGAGGAAGAAGACGAACAGGGUAUGAUUCCAUCGAGAGAAGUGGACUUCCUUCUGGAGAAUGCAGAACAAAACCGGCUCAAUGACCUGGCUGCCCUUCAAGAUGAAUUCGACGACGAAAUUCGAUACAUCGUCCAAGAGCGAAACACUCUCCUUACAGAAAAGAUGUUCUGGCAGACCAAAUUCGUCACAGCGAUCAAAGGGAGGGAGAAGCAACGUUCACGCGCCUCGUCUGCGACACAAGACAACUCUCGCCUCGAGGCUAUCGGCAACGUACUGAAGCGUGAGAUGGACCUUAUCCAGGAGAUAGUGGAUAAGCAGUUCAAGGAAGUGAAGGAAAUCAAAGCCAGCUGCCUUGAUGCCGUGACGCAGCUUACCCAGGCAUGUGAGGUUACAAAGUCGUACCUUGACCAGGCUAAGGAGGAGAACAUGAAAACUGCCAAGGAGCUGGCUAUCCUUCGCAAGAUCGUCAUGAAAAUCCGACAGCCGUCUAAAAAUCUAACCGAAUUCUCCAUGCAUCACGAUUUUCAGCAGACUCUAGAAACCAACCAGGAGUUAAAGGAUAGAGCCGAAGCCCAACAGGAAGAAUUGAACCAGUUACACGCCGAGUUGGCUGAACGAGAUGCGACAAUUGAGAAGCUGGAAACGAUCAAGACCAAGCUGGAGGAUCAGCUGGACUACAUGGGUUCGUCUAAUGCAAAGUAUAGAGCCAAGUUGGAGGAAACAGACCGCACUUUGGCAGAUUGCCAGAAAUCCCUACGUGAUGCACGAGACAGGGAAGCCCGCCUGAAGGGGCGUCUUUCGACGGUCUAUAAGGAAUGGGCAACGAGAAAAGAGAAACUCGAGGUGGAUUUGACAGAGUGUCAGGCAAAGCUACAACUAAAAGAGUCGAUGGUUGAAGUUCUCAGUCAACAGAGCUCGAUGUAUCUUGACAACUGGAAGGAUAGCAUAAGCAUGCUAGCAGGGCAGAGCCAGGGGGAUGAGCUGUCUUCGAAACUCGCAGACUGUCUGCAGGAGACAUUAGAUCGCAAUGAAGCCCUGGAGAUUGAACUUUGCGAGCUUCGCGAGGAAACUCUUACUCUACUCGAUCGAACUCUUGGAUGA